AUGUGUGUGUGGAAAGUAUUUCCAGCGAGUCUGCAGCUGCAGUGUGAUAAGAAGCAGAUCACGGCUCCCCUCGGGUCAGACUUCCUGCUCUCCUGCAGCUAUGAGAACCAGCUGCUCAGCAACAAGUACUGGUGCCGAGGAGAGUCCAGGAGGACCUGCGAGGUGCUGGUGGACUCGGAGGGGAAGACCAGAACCACCCGGGUUCACAUCGUGGAUGCUCGGAGGAGAGGACCGUUUGUGAGGGUCUUAGAUCUGCAGAAGGGGGACAGCGGGGUCUACUGGGUCGGGAUCGACAGGCCUUAUGCUGACAUCAUGACGUCAGUGAGGGUGGUCGUCACUGAAGUCCCGGUCUCUAAGCCCCGCCUCCAGCCCCUGGUCUCCCUGAUGGAGGGCUCCAUCUAUCGGGGGGGUCCGGUGACAGUGCGAUGUGUGUGUUCACGGGGGACCGCGGUCCGUUACUCCUGGUUCCGACACACACACCCCGAGGACGUCCUGCUGCAGAACUCUGCUGACCUGCAGCUCACCUGUGACUCUCUGCAGCUCACCUGUGACUCUCUGCAGCUCACCUGUGACUCUCUGCAGCUCACCUGUGACUCUCACCUGUGACUCU